AUGUCAAUAAAAUCAUUGUGAGUGGAGUUAUGAUGAUUUUUAUGAGCCAAUUUUUGAGUUUUAAAGAGCCCUUGCCUCAGAGGUCCAUUGAGAGAGAUUUUAAGUGUUUAGCAAAAAAGAUUUUCUUGUAAAAAAUGAAUCAAGUUUCAGCAGUUACCCCGGUUACAUCGCAGUCGUCUUCUUCAGUUUGAUCGGUUCUGCAAUGGUAUUCCCAAUCUUCUCGGAAUUUUUCGAAGUCACCAUCGUUAUGCUCAUUUUCGCAUUCUUGGGAUCAAUUCUGAUUAUGUUUUAUGUGAUGCUCAAUCUUAAAACGUUGAUGUGCUCAAAAAAAUACAAAAUCAAACAAAACGAGUGCAUUUUUGCGGUCAAUCAGAUCUUCAUUGGCAUUCUCCAAUUCAUCAAAGAGCUGUCCGCAACUGAGGCUGACAACAACUGA